UUUUGGACCCACGUCCAAAGGGUACAGUGUUUUUGUUCCCUCAAGUUGACUUUGAUUUUGUUCCUCCCUUUCUGUGGCGGCUCGUCGCAAUUUCCGGUGAAAUCAUAUCGAUUUUUUGCAACAGAAAAAACGUUUGAAACAUCCGCUAGCUAAGAAAUUAGGCAGCAUCUGAAGGUACGUUUAACUGGAAAAAGAAAAUGCCUUCACAGAAGAUUGAAAGUGGCCAUACUGACACGGUCCACGAUGUGGCAAUGGAUUACUAUGGUAAGCGUCUGGCAACAGCUUCUUCAGACUGCACCAUUAAGAUAACAGGGGUCAGCAGUUCGUCCUCGCAGCUCCUGGCUACUUUAAGUGGUCACCAAGGACCAGUGUGGCAAGUAGCUUGGGCUCACCCUAAGUUCAGUUCCCUCCUUGCUUCGUGUUCUUCUGAUGGAAAGGUAAUUAUCUGGAAGGAAGGUACUCAAAAUGAGUGGGCCUUAGCACGUGUUUUCGAUGACCAUAAAGCUUCAGUCAAUUCCAUAGCUUGGGCUCCUCAUGAAUUCGGCCUCUGUCUGGCUUGUGGAUCUUCUGAUGGAAACAUUUCCAUUUUCACUGCAAGAUCAGAAGAUGUUUGGGAAACAUCACGGAUCGAUCAGGCUCAUCCAGUUGGCGUUACGUCUGUUUCGUGGGCACCAUCAACAGCUCCUGGCUGUCUUGUAAGCUCUGAACUGCUUAAUCCUGUUCCGAAGCUAGCAUCUGGUGGCUGUGACAAUACAGUUAAAGUGUGGAAGCUGUUUGACGGAACUUGGAAAUUGGAUUGCUUCCCAGCUCUUCAAAUGCACACCGAUUGGGUCAGGGACAUUGCUUGGGCCCCUAACUUAGGGCUACCAAAGUCAACUAUCGCGAGUGCUUCUGAAGAUGGAAGAGUAAUUAUAUGGACUGUUGGUAAGGAAGGUGAUCAAUGGGAGGGUAAAGUGUUGAAGGAUUUUGGUGCCCCCGUUUGGAGAGUAUCCUGGUCGCUAACAGGAAACAUAUUGGCUGUGGCUGAUGGGAAUAACAAUGUGACAUUGUGGAACGAAGCAGUUGAUGGCGAAUGGCAUCCAGUGACCACAGUAGAUACAUAAAGUUCAAAACAUCUUCCAAUAUCUCUCUUUAGUCCAUAUUAGGGCUGGUUAUUCACUUAAUUUAGGGGGUUACAUCAUAUUAAGAGAACCCUAGCUAUUUUUCAAUGCAUAUAGGAAGAAGGAAACUUGGAGUUGUUGAGGAACUAUUGAUUGUCUCAAUAACGGAUUUUACUUAAACAUAUCAAUGUGCUAUAUAUAGUAAUAUAACUUAGUAUCAA